GAGAAUGCUUUAUAUUCGACGAACGUUCGCGAAAACCUGUCACAAGGUGUGCUUGAGGAUACAACCCAUGUUCGCGGCCAUAUCUCAACGGCCCUCCACAAUCAGCUCCACGCGGAGGUUGCCGAUGCUCGCGGCAGCCCCCUCGGCACGGGUAACAACGCGGUACCUAGCUAGGGGCCAGCGACAACACCUGCCCGCUCCCACUCUCCCUCUUCUUCUAUAACCCACCUCCGCUUGUCUUACAAGUGUCACCUCUAGCUCGAGAUUACCCUAGCUGGCCCUUCCUCAUUUGGUAGAUUGCUGAGAAAACCUCGCGACUCUGCGCGAUAACGCUUACCGCUGAGAUCGCGAUGUCUCAAGUGAAGUUUGAGCAGCGGGAGGACAUUCGAGUCACCAGCACCGGCGUAAAUGGUGGCAAUGGUGGUCCAAGAGGCCGCGCGGGACCACCGCCGGCGCCAGCGCGAGAAACACUCGCGCAUGAAGUUGGUGAAGCUCUCACCAAGGGCGCCGGGCCUAAUGGCUAUCUCGCCUGGUACCUUAAGAAGCUACAAGAGGACCCUCUCCGCACGAAGAUGAUCACCUCCGGCUCGCUAUCUGCAUUACAAGAGUUCCUCGCGUCGUGGAUAGCAAAGGAUCGCAAUAAGAAUGGCCAUUACUUCACAAGCCGCGUACCGAAGAUGGCAAUCUACGGCGCGUUCAUCAGCGCCCCGUUAGGACACGUGAUGAUCUCUCUACUCCAGCGGAUGUUCGCUGGCCGGACUAGCUUACGCGCAAAGAUUUUGCAGAUUGUGGUUUCCAACCUUAUCAUCUCACCAAUUCAGAACGUCGUCUAUCUCACAUCCAUGGCCGUCAUCGCCGGUGCCCGCACCUUCCACCAGAUCCGCGCGACAGUGCGUGCAGGCUUCAUGCCCGUGAUGAAAGUCUCCUGGGUUACGUCUCCGCUUGCCCUCGCCUUUGCACAAGCUUUCCUGCCACAGGAGACGUGGGUGCCGUUCUUCAAUAUUGUCGGCUUUGUGAUUGGAACGUACAUCAACACGCACACGAAGAGAAAGAGGCUGCAGGCACUGAGGAGGAAGUACGACGAGGGCCGGGCAGCAGAAGGCAGGAAUGAGUUCGACGAACGUCGGCCAGGCGGGCCACCCGGCGCGUAUUAGGUGACUUAUUUCGAAGCUUUGUCAUGCGUAUACAGCGGAGUACUGUUAACAAGCAGCCUCAGGAGGGGAUUCGACCAGCUGUACGUACCGUCAUCGACACGUAGCCAGCUCUGCCCUUGGUACCUUCAAUGCAAGCGUCCUACCCUGCAGUUUUCGGGCUUGAUCAGCAGAAACUGCGUGACGACGAUCGAUGAUUUGUUGUGGAUGUAACGAGGUCUCCACAUAUGAGCGGAUCGUGCAGCUAAUGGCAAGCAGAGCGGGGACCGAAUCACCGUCUGACCUUGUAAGCCAGCCAGUGUGCUUCUACAGCAGUCGACCUAAUAUGAAGACUCUCUGAGCUGUUGCAAAGGCCCGAUGCUGCGACAUGUCGUAUCACGCGCGAGGGUAGCAAUGUUUGCUCUGUUGUGCAACCUGCGACAGCCCGAAGACGCACGAGGACCGCUU